GUUGUGCAUGGGCUUCAUUUUGUCAUUCCUCGCUCAUCUAUAUGCCAGAACUUAUAAUUAUGAGAGAGACUACAUCGUUUAACCUUCAAAGCCAAGUUGAACUUUCCCUAAGUCGUUUGUUGUGCGUUCGAGUAAUAAAUGUUUUUGGAAAGAAACUUGCUAUUAUUGCAUCCUUUGGUAGGCCUGCCUGGUGCCAGAGUUGUGGAACGGAGGCAUAUGGAGGUUCACCAUCCGUGGACUUUUAUGCAACAACGCCUGAAAAAUUGCCUCAUACACCUGAUAUGAUGGGCAUUGACAAAGCAGUCUCCGUGCUGCCCGGUUCGAAUGUAACAUUAGUAUGCACUGCGAAAAUGCCAUUGGGAUUUCCACCAUAUCUCCGCUCCUAUUUGGAGCCUAAUCUUAUCAAGUUGUUCGUAAACUAUUCCUUCAUUCGCGAGUUCAACUGUGACAAAAAGCCUCGCAUAGUCAAAACGUGCUCUUUGUCGCUCGUGAAUGUGAAACCCGGAGACAAAGGAAAGUACUUCUGCCAGGCAGUCAACGAACUGGGAUGCACCUACAAACAGCUGAAAGUCGCCGUCACUAGUGGUGAACGAGAAGGGCAGAUGCUUGAUAUUCUUCAUCGCCGGAAAAACAUUUCGAGUAAAAUCAAGCGAAAUUUGAAAUGAAAUGCAAUCUUUUCACCGGGUAAUCAAACUUUCAUUGUAAAACGCAUAAUGGAAAUCUCCUCAUGAAUAAAUGCUUUUUUUCCGCAAGA